UCUUUUCUGUAAUCAUAAAAAAGACUUUCACCAUUUCCAGGAAUACCUCUUUUCUCCGGUUACAUUUCUUUCUCAGCAUUUUAUUUCCUGUUUCAAAAAAUAGAUUUCACUAUAUUCUGUAUGAUAAUCAUUAAUCAAUCCAUAGGAAGAUGGCAAAGACCCAUUUGAUGCUUCUUUUUCUUCUUUGUUCCUUCAUAAAAAUUGAGUGUUCUUUAUCUGGUUUUGACAAAAUCACGAAGUUACCAGGCCAACCUAAGGUGGGGUUUCAACAAUAUUCAGGUUAUAUUAUUGUAGACAAAACUAACAUGAAAGAAAAAGCCUUUUUUUACUAUUUUGUUGAGGCCGAGCGUGAUCCCGCUUCCAAGCCUUUGGUUCUUUGGUUGAAUGGAGGGCCUGGUUGUUCUUCUGUGGGUAUAGGAGGAUUUUCGGAGCACGGACCUUUUAGAACAAAUGGGAAUGGCUUGGUUAAAAAUAAAUGCAGCUGGAACUCAGAGGCAAAUAUGCUGUACUGGGAGAGUCCAGCAGGUGUGGGGUUCUCCUACUCAAGCGAAAAAUCGAAAAUGAAUGAUGAAUUAACAGCCAGGGACAAUCUUGUUUUCUUGAAACGCUGGUUCAUGAAGUUUCCUCAGUAUAGCCAGAGAGAGUUGUUUUUAAUGGGAGAAAGUUAUGCAGGUCACUAUAUUCCUCAUCUUGCACAGCUCAUGACCCAAUCCAAUAAAAAGCAGAGAGUAUUCAAUUUGAAAGGCAUCGCGCUGGGUAAUCCAGUUCUAGAUUAUGUGACAGACUUCAAUUCGAGGGCUGAGUUCUUAUGGUCUCAUGGAGUGAUAUCAGAUUCAACAUACAAUAUCUUUACUUCCGUCUGCAACUAUUCUCGCCUUAUGAGUGAAUUUUAUAGAGAUUCCCUUUCAUCUACAUGUUCAGGGGUGAUUGGUGAAGUAAACAAAGAAACUAGUAGGUUUGUGGACAUAUAUGAUGUUACCCUUGAUAUUUGCAUUGCAUCAGUCUUUGCACAAUCGAAGGUUAUUAGCCCUCAGGUUAUUAAUAAUAUUGAUGUAUGCUUGGAAGACGAAACCGUUAAUUAUUUGAACCGGAAAGAUGUCCAGAAGGCACUUCAUGCUCGUCUUGUUGGAGUCGACAAAUGGAAUGUAACCAGCAACAUUCUGGACUAUGAUCAUCUGGAUGUUGAAAAACCUACAAUAUCAUUAAUUGGAUCACUUGUCAUGGAAGGAAUCCCAGUCCUGGUUUUCAGCGGAGAUCAGGAUUCUGUUAUUCCAUUGACUGGAAGCCGGACCUUGGUGCAUGGACUAGCAAAACAGCUAGGACUGAAUACAACUGUACCUUACAGAGUUUGGUUCCAAGGGCAGCAGGUUGGUGGAUGGACUCAAGUUUACGGAAAUAUUCUAUCAUAUGCAACCAUAAGAGGUGCUGCUCAUGAAACUCCUUUCUCACAGCCGGAGCGAUCUCUGGUGGUAUUCAAAUCAUUUCUGAAAGGCAUGCCUUUACCAGAAAAGUUCUCAUAA